AUGAUGACCAAAAUGUCUUUCCCUCUCCCGCAGAAAAUAUUUCUUCCACCGCCAAGUUCUCCACCGAUUCAUCAUCAUCACCAAGCUCCGCCACCGCUUGCACCGCCACGAGCCGCCAUAUCAAUAUCUAUCCCAGAAACCGGUUUAGGACGUACGGGGACCAUCCCCGAUGAGUCCACGUCAUCAGCCUUUCGUGACUACCAGUCUUUAUUUGUCUCGCAACGUUCCGAGACAGUCGAACCGGUCGCAAUUAAAGCAGUCGAAGGCUCAAUACCGGUUAAUUUCCCUUCCGGUACAUAUUACUUAGCCGGUCCAGGACUUUUUUCGGAUGACCAUGGGUCAACGGUCCACCCACUUGACGGUCACGGUUAUCUCCGUGCGUUUCACAUCGACGGUAACAAAAGGAAAGCUACGUUCACGGCAAAGUACGUUAAGACGGAAGCUAAAGAAGAAGAGCACGAUCCAGUGACUGACACGUGGAGGUUUACUCACAGAGGUCCUUUCUCGGUGUUGAAAGGUGGGAAAAAAUUUGGAAACACGAAAGUGAUGAAAAACGUGGCUAAUACGAGCGUUUUGAAAUGGGCUGGGCGGUUGCUUUGUUUAUGGGAAGGUGGUGAGCCGUACGAGAUUGAAUCUGGAUCGUUGGAUACCGUCGGGAGAUUUAACGUUGCGAUCAACGGCUGUGAUGAUGAUGAUUCUUCCGACAGAGAUUUUGCUGGUCAUGAUAUAUGGGACACAGCCGCAGAUUUGUUGAAACCCAUACUUCAAGGUGUAUUUAAGAUGCCACCGAAACGGUUCUUGUCACAUUACAAAAUCGACGAUCGAAGAGAAAGACUUCUAACGGUGACUUGCAACGCCGAAGAUAUGCUUUUACCUCGUAGCAAUUUCACAUUUUGUGAGUAUGAUUCGGAAUUCAAGUUGAUACAAACGAGAGAAUUCAAGAUCGACGAUCAUAUGAUGAUCCAUGAUUGGGCCUUCACAGAUACUCACUACAUACUCUUUGCCAACAGAGUCAAGCUUGAUCCCAUUGGAUACGAUUGGCAAAGCAACAAGCUGGAUCCUUCUGUUAUGAAUCUAAACCACGGAGACGACAAACUACUCCCUCAUCUAGUUAAGGUGUCUAUGACCUUGGACGCAAUCGGAAACUGCAAGAGCUGUGACGUAGAGCCUUUGAACGGUUGGAACAAACCGUCAGAUUUCCCGGUCAUAAACUCAUCCUGGUCCGGAGAAAAGAACAAGUAUAUGUACUGUGCAGCAUCUUCGGGAAAUCGACGUGAACUUCCUCAUUUCCCUUUCGAUAUGGUCGUGAAGUUCGACUUAGACUCGAAUAUUGUCCGUACUUGGUCCACCGGAGCUAGGAGAUUCGUUGGUGAGCCAAUGUUUGUCCCUAUAACCUCCAACAAAGGAGAAGAAGACGAUGGUUACAUUAUCGUCGUCGAGUAUGCGGUUUCGGUGGAGAGAUGUUACCUUGUAAUAUUGGAUGCUAAAAAGAUCGGUGAAUCCGAUGCGGUCGUGACGAGAUUAGCGGUUCCAAGGAAUUUGACGUUUCCAAUGGGUUUUCACGGUUUAUGGGCUAGCGAUUAA